CAACCUGGAACUGCGCGACAAACAGCACUGAGGAGACGGGAAAGCUUGUACAAUGCAGCCCGUAGAGGAGGACAGCCUGGGAGCGUUGAUUUUCGAGCCCUUUCUACAUUGACGGAGUAUUUCCCCCUGUUUUCCUGGGGACGUUAUUGCGAUCUCAUUGAUCUGACAUACCUUCACUCUCAUCCACGCGCGCGCGCGCUCUCGCAUCUGCGUACGGAUUGCAACCCGGAGCGCUCUCGACACCGCGUUCCCGCUAAACACUAUAACCGAGCACCUGGAGACAUGGAUUUAUUCUCCAUCCCGCCUCGCGUUUGCUUGUGGAGGAUCCUGUUUCUCCUCAGCAUCUUCCAAGAUUAUAUGAGCUCCAUGCUGGACUGCCCGCCGACCUGCACUUGUUCUACCACGGACAUCUUUUGCAAUAAGUCUUACCAAGGGAAUUUCUUUCCCCUCCUGGCACUACAGGACACCGUGAGCGACGGGAAUACCACGAACAGCCUCCCGGACCUGUUUGAGAACAUCUCCACCAUACACAUCGAGAACUGGUCCUUGCAGACGUUAAAAGAUCUUGACAUGGAGUUGUACACUGGGCUACAGAGACUGAACAUUGUGAACUGCAACUUGCGUACGAUCCAGUCGCGAGCCUUUGCUAAGAAUCCCCACCUGCGCUACAUAAACUUGUCCAGGAAUCCUCUGACAACUCUCUCAUGGCAGCUCUUUCAGAAUCUGCAACUUUUGGAGCUAAAACUGGAAGGAGUGGUCUUUAACUGCAGCUGCAAUAUUCGAUGGAUCCAGCUGUGGCAGCAGCGAGGCGAAGCCGGACUCCAUAACCAGCAGCUGUUCUGCUUCAACGGAUACUCCAAGAUUCCUCUGCAGCUCAUGAACAUCUCGCAAUGCGAUUUUCCAGAAAUCAGCGUCAGUCACAGUAACCUGACAGUGACAGAAGGUGACAGAGUCAUGAUCACCUGUAAUGGAUCUGGGAUACCAGUACCGGAAGUGGAUUGGACAGUUGGUGGACUACACUCCAUUAACACACACCAAGCCAAUCAAUAUCCACCGAAUGUCCACUCCAUCAACUUAACUCUGGUCAACGUCAGCCGGGACGAUAACGGCUUCAUGCUGACCUGCAUUGCAGAGAAUAUAGUCGGGAUGACAAAUGCCUCAAUACAGCUUUCAGUGCAGUUCCCUCCUGCCAUCAUUAACUUCGAGGAGCCGCAGAAGAGGCACGACACAUGUAUGAUGUUCACGGUACGGGCCAAUCCCCUGCCAACCCUGCACUGGACCUUCAAGGGUGAGGAGAUCAAGGCCACCGAGUAUGUCCAUCCAGAGAUGGAGGUCUAUCAGGACAAUCUGGAGGGUUGCCUCUUGUUUAAAAACCCCACACAACACAACAAUGGAAAUUACACACUUGAGGCCAGAAACUAUCUGGGCGUGGCCGUGAAAACUGUGUACGCCCACUUUCUACACCCACCUUUUGAAGACUACCCAGAUUAUGUGAGUCCAACUCCGACUGCUAUUCCAACCAUGACACAUCGGCCGGAAGAGGACACGUUUGGUGAACACAUGGUGUCGAUUGCGGUUGGCUUGGCUGGCUUCGCCUGCGUUCUCCUCGUCGUUAUGUUUGUGCUAAUCAACAAAUAUGGCAGACGCUCAAAGUUUGGCAUGAAAGGACCUGUGGCAGUGAUCAGUGGUGAAGAAGAUUCUGCCAGUCCUCUCCAUCACGUCAAUCAUGGCAUCAUAACCCCGUGUACACUGGAUGCCGGGCCGGACGCUGUAGUGAUCGGCAUGACUCGCAUUCCAGUGAUCGAGAACCCGCAGUACUUCCGACACGGCGGGGACUUGAACCGGCCACCGACUGAUGUACAGCACAUUAAGCGUCGAGACAUCGUGCUCAAGAGGGAACUGGGCGAAGGGGCCUUUGGGAAGGUGUUCCUGGCAGAGUGUUACAACCUAAGCCCCACUAAGGACAAGAUGCUGGUGGCUGUCAAGACCUUGAAGGAUCCCACACUUGCAGCAAGGAAAGAUUUCCAGCGAGAGGCCGAAUUGUUGACCAACCUUCAGCACGAGCACAUAGUCAAGUUCUACGGCGUCUGUGUGGACGGAGACCCACUCAUCAUGGUCUUCGAGUACAUGAAACAUGGAGACCUCAACAAGUUCCUCAGAGCCCAUGGUCCAGAUGCCAUGAUCCUGGUUGACGGGCAGCCGCUGCAGACCAAUGGAGAGCUGGGUUUGUCUCAGAUGCUGCACAUCGCCAGUCAGAUCGCAUCAGGGAUGGUUUACCUUGGCUCUCAGCACUUUGUGCACCGCGACCUGGCCACACGCAACUGCCUGGUGGGGAAUGGGCUGCUUGUGAAAAUAGGAGACUUUGGGAUGUCAAGAGACAUUUACAGCACUGACUACUACCGGGUGGGAGGACACACUAUGCUGCCCAUUCGCUGGAUGCCACCAGAAAGCAUCAUGUACAGGAAGUUCACGACGGAGAGUGACGUGUGGAGUUUUGGCGUCAUCCUCUGGGAAAUAUUUACCUACGGCAAGCAGCCAUGGUUUCAGCUGGCAAAUAAUGAGGUAAUCGAAUGCAUCACACAAGGACGAGUGCUAGAAAGGCCACGGCUCUGUCCCAAGGAAGUGUACGACAUUAUGCUGGGGUGCUGGCAGAGGGAACCGCAACAGAGGUUGAACAUCAAAGACAUCCAGAAAAUUCUUUUUGCCUUGGGCAAAGCCACACCUGUCUACCUGGAUAUCCUGGGCUAGUGUUUGUUGGGAAUAUGUGUGGAUGUCUGUCUGUCUGCGUCCGUCCAACAGAGGAACGAACAACAUGGGAUUAACCCAAAACUACAUGUACCUUACUGCGCCACUGUCAGACACCUACAACAUGGGGAUGGACUUAAGUGCCUGCUACUCCUUUCGAUACACUGGAUAACAGUCUUUAAAAGCACUUUUACAUUUUGUUUACCUGCAUAUAAAGAUGUACAGUUCUACUGCAAGAAGAGGAGUGUCCUUUCAUGAUUUGAUUUCCUUUAGUCUUUUUUGUUUGGUAACAGCAGCCUACUUUUAAACUCCAAAACAAGGAAUAACAGAACCAUCUGCUCCCUCUCUAAAAAUGGAAAAUGUAAAAAAACAAAAGUGGAGGGGGGUUCCUGACUGCUUGACAACUCUCCACGUUACUUCUUGUUUUUCAUUUUAUAAAUAUAUAUAUUUUUAUUUAUUUUUCUUUCUCCGAGUGUGGAUGUAUGUCAUUUUUCUUGCUAAGGGUAUGUUGCCUUUCGGAUAUGUCAGGAGAUUGGCAAGGACUUUUUUUUUGAAAAAGCCUUACUGUGCUCUGAUUGGCCGGAUCUUCUCUUUUGACUCUACAGGAAGUAUCCAACAGGGCUUUUAAACAUCCGGAGGAGCUUUUUAGCGAAU